AAGGAGGUUCUAGGGCUUAUUUUAUUUUCUCAGACAAAAAAGAGGCUUCAUAUAUAAUUCCAUUCCUCCUUCUUUAGGGUUUCUGAUUCUCUGAGUAGCAGCGGCGCAGCAGUUGAACACGAGUCAAGCUCACGAUGGCGAGGAUUAAGGUUCACGAACUCAGGGACAAGUCGAAGAGCGAUCUACAGAACCAGCUUAAGGAUCUUAAGGCUGAGCUCGCUCUCCUCCGUGUUGCCAAAGUCACCGGAGGUGCUCCCAACAAGCUCUCUAAAAUCAAGGUCGUCCGUAAAUCCAUAGCUCAGGUGUUGACAGUGACCUCUCAAAAGCAGAAAUCUGCUCUUAGAGAAGCAUACAAGAACAAGAAGUUCCUUCCUCUUGAUCUCCGUCCCAAGAAAACCCGUGCUAUCCGCAGACGCCUCACCAAACAUCAGCUCUCGUUGAAGACAGAGCGUGAGAAGAAGAAAGAAAUGUAUUUCCCAGUAAGGAAGUACGCUAUCAAAGUUUAAUCUCCAUCCUUUCAAUCUAGCUACUAGAAACUGUUUCAGCUUUUGUUUUUGAUGGAAACUUGUUUUUGCUCUUCACUUGCGCUAUUGUGUGUCAAACAGUUUCAGAUACAUGGAUUUUGCUUCCUUUUUAUAAUUUGUCUUUUUCUUGUUCACCAGAAAUAAACCUAAAUCGCUAUCUUCUUGAUA